AUGUGUCUCUUCAUCGGCGCGGCUUUCGCUAUGCUGAGCCAUUUUGGACGGCUCCGCUGGCUCGCCAGCUAUAGCCGACAUCUGGUCUUCGAGUGCGCUUCGAGUGCGCUUCGUGCUCUCGUGCUCUCGUGCUCUGUCGGCCACCCUGCGAGGACUUCAAGCCAGAUAUCGUGCUCAGUCAAUCUAUGGUGGUUUCCUGAAAUGCUAGCGGCCCGAAAAUCUUUGAUGGGUUUAAUGAGUAGAUGUCCCAGGGCGUGGGGCAUCAAGCAGACAGCAGGAAUUAGCGGCCUUGGAGAGCAUCAAGAAUGGGGUUCUCGCCACAAUAAUGAGCAGAAUUUCAGGUUCAGCCGAUCCCAGUUGCAGAAAGAGGCAGAAAACUAG